AUGGGAAUCCGCUUCGAGGUGAAAAAUUGAAAAUCGAUCAUUUAAAUUUCCCUUCAGAGCCAUCCUUCUGCUUAGGACAGUCUCGGUUGUAAUGGAGGAGAGAGCAGACGCAGAGGGUACCGCCGGGAAUUCUCAACAGCUCCAUUCCUCUUUGUUCCCCCUUCCUCCUCCCUUGGGCGCCUCCAUCGACUGCGCUCCCGGUGUCCCUCAAUGGCUCUGCAACACCAGCUUCACCACGGACCUCACCGUCAUCAACGACGCCGUUUCCUCUCACCGCCCCCAAGACAGCUCCGGACAGCAAGUCGAAGAAGAAGACGGUGGUGACGACGACGAGGACAGGGAUGAAGGCGAACCUAACGAGCGGCCCAAAUCGAAGGCCUCCAUUUCCUAUGAAUUGCUCGAGUCUUCGCCAUCCGAUGCAGGCCGAGACUCCGAUGCGUUCGAGCGUUCGAAGAGGGUAAGAAAGAAGAAAAAACGCAAGCGGAAGAAGUCUGGCGAUGAUUUAAUGGCGGACGACUAUGAUUUUGCUUCCAGAAAGCCCGCAGUUCGAUCCUGGGCGAGUUCGGACUCGAAGCCUGCUAAAGAUUACCACUUUGAUUCUCACGGCGAUAAAGACAAUUUGGCAUUCGGAUCCCUUUAUAGAAUGGAUGUUGCUCGCUACAAGCUUUACAGUUCUAACAAAUUAUCUGGGCCUAAUUGUCGAGAGUUGUAUUGGCGGAGUAAGAGGGGUUCAAUUUUGGAUAGAGAAGGUGAUGUUGAUACCUUGGAUGGUAAACUUAAGUCUGAUGGGCGUUACUGGUCUGCAAAGUAUGCAGCUUUGGAACGCCAUAAGAACUUAAAGCGGGUCCGAAUUGUUGUGCCUAAAAGAUCAGCGAUAAUUACUCUUCCAGGAGAUUUCAUUCCUUUGUUGGACCUUGGAACAUCUCUUGAAAGUGGUGGUGGAUCGCUUGGAAGAAGCUCUGUGGUUGAAGAGUCUUGGGAAGAUGAGGUGUUACGCAAAACACGUGAGUUCAACAAGAUGUCAAGGGAACGGCCGCAUGAUGAGAAAGUUUGGUUAUCUUUUGCGGAGUUUCAAGACAGGGUUGCGAGCAUGCAACCACAGAAAGGUGCUCGCUUACAGACCCUUGAAAAGAAGAUAAGUAUUUUGGAGAAGGCAACUGAGCUUAAUCCAGAAAAUGAAGAAUUAUUGCUUGGCCUUCUAAAGGCUUAUCAGAACAGAGACACUGGUGAUGUCUUAAUUGGUAGAUGGGAGAAGAUACUUGUGCAACAUUCUAGGAGUUACAAGCUGUGGAAAGAGUUUUUACGUGCUUUUCAAGGGGAAUUUUCCAGAUUCAAAGUUUCUGACACAAGGAAAAUGUAUGCGCAUGCUAUCCAAGCUUUAUCUGCUGCAUGCAGCAAGCAGUGUAGGCAGGUUCACCAAACUGAUGAAUUGCAGCCUUUGGAUUCUGAAAUAGUGCAGCUAGAACUUGGUCUUGUUGAUAUAUUUCUCAGUCUGUGCAGGUUUGAAUGGCAAGCUGGCUACCAAGAGUUGGCUACAUCUUUAUUUCAGGCUGAAAUUGAAUAUAGUUUGUUCUGCCCCUUGUUCCUCACUGAGCAGAGUAAACAAAGAUUGUUUGAAUAUUUCUGGAAUGGCAACGGUGCAAGAAUUGGAGAAGAAGGGGCUGUUGGUUGGUCCACGUGGCUGGAAAAAGAGGAGGAAAAUAGGCAGAGACUUAUUCGUGAGGAGUAUUCACAUGAAAAUGACAAAGGUGGUUGGACAGGUUGGUCUGAACCAUUGUCUAGAUCCGAGGAAACCAGUGUCAAUGCAGUAAAUAUAGCCAACAAUGAUGUGCCUGUUGAGGGUUCUGAAGAAGAAUAUGAGACACAUGACCUUAAGCAGGAAAAUGAUACUGAAACAUUGCUGAAAAUGCUUGGCAUUGAUGUUGAUUCUGAAGCUGUUGGUGAUGUGAAAGAUGCUGCAACUUGGACUAGAUGGUCAGAGGAGGAGUCAUCGAGGGAUUGUGAGCAGUGGAUGCCUCUUCACGCAAAAUCUGUUGGGGGUUCUUGUGGUGAUGGAACGCCAGAUAGAGAAGCAGAUGAGCAGCUAAUGAGAGUGAUAUUAUUUGAAGAUGUCACUGAAUACUUGUUUUCAUUGAGUUCAAGAGAGGCCCGUUUUUCUCUUGUAUCGCAAUUCAUUGAUUUCUAUGGCGGGAAGAUAUCUCAGUGGUUUUGCACAAACAGUUUUAGUUGGAUGGAGAAGACCCUCAGCUCAGAGGCAAUACCAGAUUCCAUCUUAGAAGAUUUGAGAAGAGUUCAUGAUGUUUUAACCAGAAAAGAUAGCGAUUCAAGUAGUUUUGCUCUGGAAUUCCUUUUGGGAAACUUAGAUGACACCUCAAGCCGAACUGAUAUGAUGAAAUUUCUUCGGGAUGCUGUGUUACUUCUUUUAACUGCUUUUCCCCAUAACUACAUGUUAGAAGAAGCUGCUCUUCUUGCUGAAGAGAUGUAUAAUACAAGAAUGAAUUCUUCUAAUUGCUCAGUUACCCCUUGCCGAGCUUUAGCAAAGUGCCUGUUAAAAAAUGACCGGCAGGAUGUAUUACUCUGCGGAGUUUAUGCACGAAGAGAGGCUGCUUUUGGAAAUAUUGUCCAUGCAAGAAAAAUAUUUGAUAUGGCAUUAUCAUCUGUUGAAGGGCUUCCAUUGGAUCUCCGGUCAAAAGCACCUCUUUUAUAUUUUUGGUAUGCUGAAAUGGAGCUGGCCAGUAGUUCUGACUGUGGUCCAGAAUCAUUUUUGCGUCCUAUUCACAUUUUAUGCUGCUUAGGAAGUGGUUCAACUUAUAGCCCAUAUAAAUGCCAACCAUCAAAUUUGCAACUUCUACGAGCACACCAAGGAUUCAAAGAACAAAUAAGAGUGCAACAAUCAGCAUGGAGGCAUGGUGUUAUAGAGGAUUAUUCAAUAGCUCUCAUUUGUUCAGCUGCCCUCUUUGAAGAACUGACUAGUGGAUUAGCCGCAGGCAUUGAUGCUUUAACCCAGGCUUUUUCGAUGGUGCUCCCAGAGAAAAGGAGCCAGAGUUAUCAGCUAGAAAUUUUGUUCAACUAUUAUAUGAGGAUGUUUUAUAGGCAUCAUAAGCUGUCAAAACUAUCAGAUAUAUGGGGCCCAAUCUCACAAGGGUUGCAAAUAUAUCCGUAUAGUCCAAAACUCUUUAGCACUUUGGUGGAGAUCAGCCAUCUUUAUGCAGUACCAAAUAAGCUGAGGUGGAUGUUUGAUGAUUAUUGUCAAAAGAAACCAUCUGUGGUUGUUUGGCUCUUUGCCUUGUCAUUUGAGUUGAGUAGGGGCAACUCUCGGCAUAGAAUACAAGGCUUGUUUGAAAGGGCAUUGGCAAAUGAGAAGUUGUGCAACUCGGUACUACUCUGGCGCUGCUUCAUUGCAUAUGAGUUUAGCAUAGCUUGCGACCCUUCAGCUGCUCGACGAGUUUUCUUUCGAGCUAUUCAUGCAUGCCCCUGGUCAAAGAAGCUGUGGCUUGAUGGUUUUCUCAAGUUGAACUCAAUCCUAACUGCAAAGGAGCUGUCAGAUCUCCAAGAAGUAAUGCGGGACAAGGAAUUAAAUCUGAGGACAGAUGUGUUCGAGAUUCUCUUACAAGACGAGAUCAAGUGACGCAACUUGCUUCUGCAAUUACGAAACAUUAAUUUUUCCAUGUACGUGUUGUCUCACACUUGGGAUGAUGCAUUUCUCCUAGUGUAAAUAAUAGACGACUCAUGGAGAAGAAUAUGAUGCUGUUGUAAGAUUUGUGUCAAUGUUGCGACCAGAAAAUAUUAGGCCCAGUGUAGUCGGGCGGCUCUUUGUAAGGGUCGAGCUUUGCCUCAGAGAAUCCAUUUAGACCAAUUCCAUUGGUUUGGUUGAACUGGUGGACCUGGGGUAGGUUUGUUCAUAUUUCAAAGAACUUUGCCGAAUUUUAUUUUUCAUUGUUAUAUUUGUAGUGACCAUGUAAAUGUUUGUCCCUGAAUUCUAGGGAUUGAGUAUAGAUUUAGUGAUAAAACGAUUAUAUAAGAAUGUUGAAAAGUCGGAAAA